AUGGCGGAUAGAUUGACUCAAUUGCAAAUAUGUCUGGACCAAAUGAUGGAGCAGUUCUGUGCCACUCUCAAUUACAUCGACAAAAACCACGACUUCGAAGCAUCUGCCAAUGGUGAAGACAAGAUGACAGAUCCGCAAGCAACCAUUGCACCCAAAGAAGAAUUUGAAAAUACCAUUGACGAGCUUUCAACGGAUUUGAUUUUAAAAACAAGGCAAAUAACUAAACUUAUAGACUCACUGCCUGGUGUCGACGUUUCCGCCGGAGAACAGAUGCAUAGGAUAGAAGCAUUACAACACCAAAUGGUGAAAAUGGAAGACAAGAAAAUUGAGGCCAUAAAACAGAAGGAAGAUCUGCAGAGAAAAGUGGAGGACAUGAUUUUCAAUUUUACGGUUGGUAUCGCUGACGCUCGCAAACCAGAACAGGGCCCUGGAAAAGAGACCAAUGCGUGA